AUGUCGUACCUUCAGAAUCAGCUCAAAAGCUUCAACGCUAGUGUUGUGGAGUCGGCAAACCGUAUGCCAACACAACGACGUGUGGCCGGUAACCAACCGGUCUCUGCCAACAGUUCACAAGUCCCAUCUUCUGCACCGACCCCGUCAUCCGCCACCGAGAUAAAAAAGAAGCGCCAUGACCCGGAUAUCGUCUACUCCCAGCCGGCAAAUACCGGAACAGGCAAAGAUAUCAUGACGCAAGUGCUCUUUGCGAUCGAGCACAUGAAGAACAAGAACGUGCCACUCAAGUUCUCGGACAUCGUCUCGUACCUCUCCCUCCAGCACCGAGCACAUGACCAAGGCUAUGUGCAGGCUCUUCGGAGAAUUCUGCAGAUACACGAGAAGGUUGAGUAUGACCCGAGCGGUGCGAACGGCGAGGGUACAUUCAGAUUCCGGCCACCUCACAACAUUCGCAACUCGGAGCAACUCCUGAAAUACCUCCAAGCCCAGAAGACUGCGGCGGGUAUGAGUGUUCGCGAGCUCAGGGAGGGUUGGCCAACCGUUGAAGAGGAAAUCAACCAGAUGGAGAAGGAGGGAAAAUUGCUUGUGACUCGAAACAAGAAGGACGACCAUCCCAAGAUGGUGUGGCCGAACGACCCGUCCCUAAUUGAACAUUUUGACGAUGAGUUCAAGCAGAUUUGGGAGAAGAUCAAAGUUCCCGAUGCCAAUAUAGUGAAAGAAGAAUUGGAUAAGUUCGGCAUCACACCCACCAACAAGAACAAGGUGGUUGGUCCUCGGGUCAUUGCGCCGUCUAAGAAAGCCAAGAAGCCACGCCGAAGUGGCAAGACCACCAACACUCAUAUGACAGGAAUCCUCAGGGACUACUCGCAUCUCAAACGGUAA